GCGACACUCGUUAAAGGUGCGGAACGGCAUCCCCAGAAGGGCAAACCCCCACCCGAUCCACCCGACCGCUCGCUCGCGCUUCCCCCGGAGAGACCCACCACGGUCCGUGCAACACCCACCACCAUGCGCCUCCGACCGCACCGGCUCUCGGUCGAGACCUACGGACUCGUCCUGGUGUUUUUCUCCGCCGCCUUCUACGCCCUCGCCGGGGCCUUUGUCAAGCUCGCACACGCAAGGGGCGGCCUGCCCUCGACGGAGCUCGUCUUUGCCCGCGGGAUCUUCCAGGGGGGCCUGGUGGUCCUCGGCCUGUGCCUCUGCCGCGACGCCAAGGGCCAGCGGCUCAUCGCCCACCCGUUCGGGAGGUCGGCCGAGGCCCAGAGGCUGGUGUGGAUGCGGGGGGUCAUCGGCGGGGCGGGCUUUUUGCUCGACUACCACUGCAUGUCCGUCCUGCCGCUGGGGGACGCCAUGACCCUGAUGAGCCUCUACCCCUUUGUCACCAUCGUGCUGGCCCGGAUUUUCCUGGGGGAGGAGAUCCAGGCGCUCCACAUGCUCACGACGGUCGCCUCGGUGUCCGGGGCCGUCUUCAUCGGCCAGCCGACCUUUCUGUUCGGGGGCGGGACGGCCGAGAGCCCCACCCUCGGCUACGUGACGGGMCUGCUGGGAUCCUGCUGCCUGGCCUCCAUACUCAUACUCAUCCGAAAGGCCGGAAAGAUCGGCGUCCACACCUUCCAGCUCCUCCUGUCCUGGGCCCUCUUCGGGGUCGUCUUCAGCGUCGUCCUCGGGCCCUACGAGGGGAAAUGGGGGUGGCCCUCGGGCCCGGCCGCCUGGGGCUGCGUCCUGGGGGUGUGCGUCGUCGGCGCCGGGGCCCACUUUGUGCUGAACUACGCCGGCCGGCUGGCACCCGCAGGGCUGGUCUCGGUGGUGCGGGCGAGCGACAUYGUCUUUGCCUAUGGCUUCGAGAUCCUCCUCUUUGCCCAGCGGCCCAACGCCUGGACGUGGAUCGGUGUGGCCCUGGUGCUGGGAUCGCUGGUCGCCAUCGGGAUCGAAAAGAUCCGGGAGGGCCAAAACAAUCCACAGAUCCCGUCGCCCAAGGCCGGGGACCGCGGGGGUGCCCUUCCGGCCGGAAGCGGCGAGGAAGACCGCGAACGCGGCAGCGGCCCGCCCGCACCCGAAACACCUUCGCACGGCGACGAAGAGAACCAAGGGCUUGCGGUGGUGUCCAGCCAGAGCUUCAAAGACGAAUGAGAAGCGUUUCGAACACACGAUCGGCUCCUUUCGUCCCGUCGGUGUCGUGCCCAACACAUGCCUCGCCUCAGGAGAGACAGAGAUCGAAAACCCGGUUCCCCUUCGAGCACCUUUCGUUUCUUGGCCAAAACUGUUUCCAACAAGACUUGCAUGGGGCAUCGAUUUUUGGGGGGACGAAGGAACCGUGUUUCGGAUCGCAAUGCUACGGAUGGCAACGAUGGCACGAGUUGGAUCGUUUUCAAUUUUAAGU